CUCUCCGCCCGCAGACCUGGCGGGGGUCGCAGGGCUAGGUCUCACCCGGCUGCCCUCCCAGGCGAGCUUCAGCAUCCGAGCGGAAAGGGCGGGGACGCCCGCCAAGCCACGGAGUGGGUGGCCUGCGCUCCGCGGCCCCACCGGAAAGCAAGCAUUCUUUCUGCGCAGGCGCGCCACUCUGGCCAGGAGGGGCGGGGCCUGGACGGGUCGGGGGCGGAGUCACCUCUGGGCCCGCCUCCACUAGCUCCUCGGGCCGCCGAGUGCUGGGCACCCGGGCUAUUCUAGGGGCUUCAGACGCGCCGCCCUAGAGACCCUGGGCCGGCGCUGGGCGCAGCCGCCUCUCCGCGUUUGCCUGUCGGUCUUUGUGUCUGUCUUUGUGUCUGUCUGCUGUCUUCGAGCUUGCCUCCACUUCUAGAACUAAACCUCUGGGACACCGAGAUCCCGCGAAUCCUCGCCUCUCUCCCAUGGCAGGCUACUUGCCCCCCAAAGGGUAUGCCCCUUCGCCCCCACCUCCCUACCCUGUGACUGCUGGAUACCCGGAGCCGGCACUGCAUCCUGGGCCUGGGCCCGGCCAGGUGUCCGGGCCCGGGCAGGCACCAGUGCCUGCCCACGUGCCUGCCCCUGCGCCGGGCUUUGCUCUCUUCCCCUCGCCUGGCCCUGGGGCCCCAGGACCAGCUGCCCCCUUCUUGCCAUUGCCAGGGGUGCCUUCCGGCCUCGAAUUCCUGAUGCAGAUUGAUCAGAUCUUGAUUCACCAGAAGGCUGAGCCGGUGGAAACGCUCUUGGGCUGGGAGACCUGUAACCGCUACGAACUGCGCUCUGGGGCCGGACAGCCCCUGGGUCAGGCGGCGGAGGAGAGCAACUGCUGUGCCCGGCUGUGCUGUGGUGCCCGCCGGCCCCUGCGAGUCCGCCUGGUGGACCCCGGGGACAGAGAGGUGCUGCGCCUGCUCCGCCCCCUCCACUGUGGCUGCAGCUGCUGUCCGUGUGGCCUCCAGGAGAUGGAAGUCCAGGCUCCACCGGGCACCACCAUUGGCCAUGUUCUACAGACCUGGCAUCCUUUCAUCCCCAAGUUCUCCAUUCAGGACGCUGACCGCCAAACCCUCCUGAGAGUGGUGGGGCCCUGCUGGACGUGCGGCUGUGGCACCGACACCAACUUUGAGGUGAAGACCCCAGACGAAUCCCGCAGUGUGGGCCGCAUCAGCAAGCAGUGGGGGGGCCUGCUCCGAGAAGCCCUCACUGACACAGAUGACUUCGGCCUGCAGUUCCCGCUGGACCUGGACGUGAGGGUGAAGGCUGUGCUGCUUGGAGCCACGUUCCUCAUUGACUACAUGUUCUUCGAGAAGCGAGGAGGCGCUGGGCCCUCUGCCAUCACCAGUUAGAGGCCCUCUCUGGGUGAGGAGACCAUCAACUCAACCAGAAUUCAGGAUGGUCACUCGCCCUGGCCCCUGCUCAGAGGUAGCCCCUUUCCUCUGUGUACACUGCAGGCGAGAGACAGGGAAGCCUGUGAGGCUCGGGGCUUGGUGCCCCAUCCCUCCCCUGCUCCCCUGGCCUCCUUCACCUGUGGCCCCUACAGAAGGGUAUGUAUGAGAGCCCUUCCCCUGCUACUUCCUGCCACAUCUCCCGUGGCCCCUCAGCAUGCAGGCAUAUCGGCUUUCAAAUGUUCCCUACCCACUUCCUCCCAACCCCUUCCAGGGUCUCUGCUCCAGACGAGGCCUUAGAACGCAGGACUCUGGGGUUCUCUGACAGGGCUGGGGGUGGGAAAGACACCAAAGAUGGCGGACCUGGCCACCCUUUCCCCACAUCCGCUUGGCCAAUUUGUUCAGCCUCAGACAAUGGCACUCUGAGGGCAUCCUACCUCCCCACUAGGGCCAGGACCCCAGUGCCAACUUCCUCUCCCUCAGCUGGUGCUUGCUGCGACUUCCUGUGCCUUAA